UUUUCCCGUCUCCACAUCGCACAGCUGAUCAGCAGUUUAAAACCCCACGACUGACACUGUGUGACGGUAGUGGACCAGGAGAAGCUAGAUACGCCACACAGCUGAGCAGAGGGAAGUGCAAGAUGGCAGAUUUAGAACUGCGGCCAUACCAGGAGGAAGUGGUUGAAAGGGCUCUUCGGAGAGAAAACAUCAUCAUCUGGCUGCCGACGGGAGGUGGAAAGACCCGUGCUGCCGUCUAUGUGGCCAAAAGACACCUGGAGACAACGCCUCAGGCUAAGGUGGUGGUCCUGGUAAACAAGGUCCACCUUGUAGACCAACAUUACACCAAAGAGUUCAAGCCUUACCUGGGCAGUGACUACACCCUGGUGCCAGUCAGUGGGGAGAGUAAGGAGAAGGACUUCUUCGGGCCAGUGGUCAAGAGCUCAGACGUGGUCAUCUGCACAGCACAGAUCUUGUACAAUGCUCUGACUAACAUGGAGGAGACCAAACACGUUGAGCUGUCAGAUAUUACUCUACUGAUAAUCGAUGAGUGUCACCACACCCACAAGGACUCAGUCUACAACAAGGUGAUGGCAUUCUACGUGGAGAAAAAGUUGAAAAGAGAACAUCCAUUGCCACAGAUCUUGGGUCUCACUGCCUCACCGGGAUCAGGGGGCGCAAAGAUCCUGGAAAAGGCGGUUGAUCAUGUACUGGAGAUUUGUGCCAACCUGGACUCAGCCAUAGUUUCAACUAAAAACUAUGUCUCCGAGCUGCAGCAGAGCGUACCCAGACCCGUCAAGAAGUUUGACAUUGUGGAGAAAAGGCUUGAGGAUCCAUUCGGGGAUCAUCUUAAGUGCAUGAUGCAGAUGAUCCAUGAGUACAUGAACGUUCCUCCAGACUUCCCACUGAGAGAGUGUGGCACACAAGAGUAUGAGGCAGAUGUGGUGAUACUAGAGCAGCGAGGAGUAAAAGAGGACAACAGACUGCUGGCACAAUGUGCUCUCCACCUCAGACAGUACAACGAUGCCUUGCUCAUCAACGACACCCUGCGAAUGAUGGAUGCUUAUCGCUCCCUAGAAUUGUUCUACAACAAGAAGUUUAUCACAGCAAUUGAUGGAACAGACUUCUUCCUGGUGGGACUUUUCCAAGAGAACCAGGUGGAGCUGCAGACACUGGCAGGAGAUUCUCGCUAUGAGAACCCGAAGAUGGGCAAACUUGAGAGCACUCUGCUGAAACAGUUUGGUCCAAGUGUGAAUUCAAAGGGAAUCCUCUUCAGUAAAACACGUAAAAGCAUCCAUUGCCUAAAUGACUGGGUCCGCCACAAUAAAGCCUUGCAGGAAGCUGGCAUCAAGGCAGCCAUCCUCACCGGGGCUGGCAAUGGUAGCACUUACAUGACGCAGAAUGAGCAGGCGGAGACGAUCCGCAAUUUCCGCCACAAUACUGUCAACCUCCUGAUCUCCACCAGUGUGGCCGAAGAAGGCCUUGACAUCCCCGAAUGCAACCUGGUGGUACGCUAUGGACUGCUUACAAAUGAGAUUGCCCAGCAGCAGGCCAGCGGACGUGCCAGAGCGAGAGACAGUCAGUACUCAGUGGUUGCCGAGAAAGGGGGAAAGGAGGUGAAGCGGGAGCUCAUCAAUGAAUAUCUGGAAGAGCUGACGAAAAAAGCCAUUGCCAAGGUCCAAGAGAUGAGCGUCCGAGAGUUUCGCACAAAGAUUACUGAGCUACAAAAGCAGGCAGCUAUUUUCAGAAAACUUACAGAGGCACGCAAAUUAGAGAAGAGGAGUUGCAACACAGCUGACAGCGUCCAGCUCUUGUGCCGAAACUGUUUAAAGUCUGUGGCCUCAGGCAGUGACAUUAAACUUCUUGACAACGCGCACUAUGUCAAUGUCAAUCCUGACUUUCAGAAACACUACAAAGUCGGUGGAGAAGUGAUGCUGGAAAAGAGUUUUGAGGACUGGGAGCCCGGGCGUACGAUCAGUUGUAGCAAGUGCAACCAGGACUGGGGAUUUGAGAUGAAGUACAAGAAGGUUGCCCUGCUGCCCAAUCUAGCCAUUAAGAAAUUGGCCCUGGAGACCCCUGAUGGCAGGACGACUGUGAAGAAGUGGAAGGAUGUCCCUUUCACUGUCGAGGACUUCAGCUUUGAAGAGUACUGCCAAGACAACUUCCCUGACCUCCUUGAUUGAGACACCAGCAAGAGAGCGCUGUGUAGGUCCCCCCCCCUACUUCUCCCCUACUUCACAUUUACAUCUUUAUCUUCUAUUGGUGUUGGAUUACCUGUGCUCAUUUAGAGAAAGCGUCAUUUAAGGUGCUUAUAUACUAACACAGGCUUUUUCAAAAAUUCACUCCUCACAUGCUUGCAGUCAUUUGUGCUGCCGGGCUAGUGAGGCAGCAGUGUUCUUAAACCUGUUACGCAUCAAUCAUGCUUGAAAUUAGCAUGACAGUUUCAUUCAUGCCCAAGGUCCUAAAACUCCCUUUGCAUGUUUUUGUGUGUGUUUCCUCCGCUUCAUGCCAAGUCAAGCACAGAAACAAAGCACACAAUGAACUCUGCUGUAACAUGAACCUUAACCAUCAUGAACACUCGACAUGUCAUCACGAAGAUGAACUCUCUUUUAGCUAUUUUAAGUUAUGUUUUUAACUCGUAAAUUACUUUUCACAGUUGAUGCAUGUAUGUGUGUCUGGGGUACGUGGAUGUUGUGUAUGUACUGAUAAUCUCAAAUAUUUUAUGUACUUAUUCAAGUGUUUUACAGGAUAUAAACACUUUCAUUUUAUUUUGUUGCUGUAUACUAUUUUAUAACAAAUGAUGGACAAUGUAAAAAAACUUUAACUGCAGAGAUGACAUUUUAAUAAACAUUCCUCUUAAAAUGCCAAA